AUGAAAACAAAUCAACCUAAAAAGUUAAAUGAUGAGCAAGUUUACUUCGACUUCAAUACAGAGACUACACCAAUGUCUACUAAAAAUAUACCACUGCUGAACAAAAACCUGAUCUCUGCAGGAGGUUGCGGGAAAGUUCAAAAUGAAGACAGCUGUAAAUAGCAGGUGCAAAGCAGUAGUCUAAUCUCAAUACAAAACUCUGCUAUGAGUUAUUGUCAAUAAUAGUAAAUUAAUAAUGGCUCCUUUCUCACUAAUGCAAAUUUAAAAGUUCAAAAAAAGAACAGCACUAACAAUACUAAUCUUGCAGGAGGUAUUGUUGCUUCAUAGAAUAAUCCCAAUGUCAAAAUUAAUCAAAAUAGAGAGGGUUCUGUGGUCUCUGAUAAGGCAAAUAAUAGUUUGAUAAAAUUGAAAUCACGUAAUAGACCAAAUGAAAAUUUAAAUGCAGGUGGAGAUACUACCUAAAAUAGGCUUAAAUACCAAGCUAUGUUAGAGAAUUAUACCCAAAACUCUAAUGCUCGAAUAAUACUUCCUAACCAAGAUAACAGAAGUUUCCAACCUUCAUGUGGAAAAGUUAUUUAAGAAACUUGGUAAAGUGUGAAAGCCUCGAAUAAUUUAAAUGAGAGCAACGCCAGUCUAGAAAGGCAAAUAUCUGAUAAUAUUUAAUGUCAAUAAAUGUAACAUUAGAAUUAGUAAUCAUCUUAAACAAGAAAAGAGAAAAUUGAAUCGAUUAAAGAGCUAUAGAAGAUGAUCAUGGCGAACGAACCGUAAUCAUGUUAGAAUAAAUUGUAAAAGGACAAACCUAUGUUACUCAAGAAUUUUCAGCAAACUCAGAAAUAAUCUAAUUCCUAAGUUGCAACACCUAAGUAUCUUAAAUUCAAGCAGUAAACAACCACAAAUCCUAACAAAAACAUAAAUAGCUUUGUGACCACCACUUAAACACAAUAAAAUAACGUACCGUUGAAGCGGUAAGAUUCUUCAUAAUAAGAAAGGCUCCAAUAAGAUACAAGUCAACACAAAAGCCCAAUGCAAUAACAAAAAGGGGGAAUUCAAACUUUAAAUAAGGUCUCCAUCAGAAACUCAUCUCAUAAAUUAAGAGAUUACAAUGUAAGUAGUACUCUUGAAACAUCUUGGAUUUUUUCGAAUGAAAAGGGCAAAAUGCCUUAGAAUAAAUCUGCUGAGGAAGAAAGGGAUGAAAUGUCGACGACCAUCAAUUGUACAACUAAUAAUGAAGCCUCCAUGUUUCCUGAGGAGAUUUUUCCUAAUUAAAAUUAGUGUUCACCAGUACAAAAUCUGAGUAUGAUUUAUUAAAACUUUCAAAGUUAAUAGUAAAAUCCUCCAACUCAAUUAUUGUAACAACCAUGUUAAUCAAAACCUUCAAAAUAAGUAUAAAUUAACACUAACUCAGCUGGAUAGAGGGCAAGCAGCAUGAUUAAAAAAUCAGUGAAUUCCUUAAGAAGUGUAAAGAAUUAAAACUCAUAAUCACCUAAGAAUAAUUAAUCAGAUCUUUCUUAGGCAAAUCAAAGUUUUCAGUUUGCUUACAAUACUUCUAAUUCUUAAAUCGCCAAUAAUAGGCAAGAAAGUAUAUCGAAAAUUCCUAAAAGUUCAAAUUAAAUUGGAGAUUCUGCAAAUAAUCUUUGUAUGACAUUGGAGAUUAAAAAAAAUGAAAUUGUAAAGCAUUCUUAGAAUCCUCAAAAUAUUGACGAUUUUAAGCCAAUGAGUACCUAAAUGAAAUAGUCUAAGCAGUUUCUCUUUAAUCAAUAAUAAAAGGGAGGAGUUAAGGCUGCUUCUUCUAACAAACAAUCAUCUUAAUAAAUAAUUAAGAAGAGAUCCAGUAAUAGAAGUAGUAGAAGUAACUCAGUCAAAAAAGAACAGAUAAAUAUUUAGCCUGUCUCAAAUAAGAAAAGACUAACUGAGCAGAAUGCUCACAGUAAAAAGCCCUAAAGAUAAAUUCUACUUAAGAACAAUUUUAUGUGUAUUACUGAUUAAGCCAAUGCAUAUGAUGGCGAUGUUUCGAGCAUUUACCAACAGCCAAAGAAAAAACCAUAGUCAGCCGCAUUAAACAAUAAGCUCGAACUAAACAUUAAAGGAUCAUAAGCCACUAUUGAACAAGAUAUAGAAUUUGGCAUAAUUUAAAAUAUCCAAGAUUUUGCAGUUGGAGGAGUAUAGGUAGAAAAUUCUAAUUUUUGUGAGUACGAAACGUUCUAGCAUUAUCCCCAAAAUUAGCAAAUAUUGAAUUUCUAUUAGAACAGCAAUAACUAUAUCAACAGCAGCAUGAAAUAUCUACAAUAUCAAAACUAAUAACAAGAGGUUUAAAUGAAUUUCCAAAAUAUUUAAGAAAUUGAUCAAAUGAAAAGAGAGCUAAGAAAUAAAGAUUUACUGAUAUAGAAUCUUAAGGAGAGAUUAUUAUCUCUUGAAGACAAAGUUAGCAGCAUACAAAGAGAAGAGGUAAGAGAUAAGUCUCAGCAAAGAAUAAAGGAUGCCAUAGCCAAUUUAGAGUACAAACUAGAAGUCUUCCAUAAAGAAAGAGAAGAAAAUAAUCAAAAACUUUAAGAAAUUAGAUUACAUGGAAGCAGUUUGCAUUCAAGCAGUAGGUAAAGCGAAGAAAAUACAAAUAGGAAUAAUGAUUUAAGAAGGAGCUAGCAACUUUAGAAUGAAAUAGAAGAACUCGAAAGUCUUAUUACAAUUGUAGAUGGAGAUGAUUUUCUACUUCAAAAAUCAAUAAGAACACCAGUUUUUGAAGAUUUAGAUAAAGUAGCAGGUGAGGAUGAUCUUAAAAUUCUUGCUUAGGAUGGGGAUAUUUACUCUGAUGGACAAUAGGACAACUCUUGCCUUAUGAUGCUUGAAAAAGAAUGGCAAGAGCAAUAAUUACAAAAUACUAGCAAUCUCAAUAGUAACCAUGAUCACAGCGAACUAAUUGGGUAGUUUGAUCAAAGUAAAAACAUAGUAUUUUUCUAAAAUGAUAACGACACCACAUAUGAGGAGGAUGAAAUUAAUAAAAUUGCAAUGGGAGUAAGAACGAAAGACAAGUUUAUAAAAACUUAAAAAAUUGAAUUUUCUAAGGAUAAAGUCAUGGCUGAUAUCAUUCCAGAUAACUUAGUAGGAAUGAGUGGAAAGAUAAGAAAUGCAAUCAAUAACUCAAAUGGUGAUGUGAAGACAACUGGAAAUCACAAGAGAAAGGGGAGCUUCUCAAAGACUCUGAGCAAGACAACUUUGCUGAAUAAAAUUCGCUAGGCAAUAAAUAAGAACAAUGAUGGAAAGGACAAUACCACUGAUAAGAAUUAAAAGAAAACACCUAGAAGAUUCAUAGUGAAGAGAAGCUAAGAAAGAGAGGGGAAUGCUAACAUUUAAACGACUUAGAGCCUAAUUGCCAAGCAAAAGAUAACAAUGGUAAAAAAUUAAGAGCAAAUUAUAAAUCAAGAAGAGAUUCUUAGAAGCAUGAUUUCGUAGAAAGAAAAAGUAGCUGUGACCUAAAAAGAGGCUUUGAAGAAGGAGAGAGAAUUGAGUUAGAAAUUAAGAUAGGCAAUUUAAAAGAUCAAUUUUAAAGUAUAAACACAGGCAAAACAACCGUAGUAACUCACAAUUGACAUCAAUAAAUGA